AUGCCCCCCUUUAUCCCUCAGCCUUUUACACUGUGCGCUCAGAGUCGCGGGAGAGACGCUCUCUAUCGGGGCGCCAUAGACGUUACGGAGUCUGGAGCGCGGUGCAUGAACUGGACCGAGAUAACUGGCUUUAUGGAGCGCCACCCGGAGAAGGGCUUAGGAGAGCAUAAUUAUUGUCGAAAUCCAGAUGGCAGGAUCCGGCCAUGGUGCUUUUUCAGGAACAACAAAGGCAGAGUGGACUGGGGUUUCUGCGACUGUAAACAAGGUUCUGUGCGUCUACACGGAGGCUCUAAACUGGAUGGCCGAGUGGAAAUAUAUAUUUCUGGUGUGUGGGGUGCCAUUUGCAUACAUGAAUGGGGGCAAGAAGACGCUUCAGUGGUCUGCAGACAGCUGGGUAAAGGUCUUUCAGGUGUUCCGUAUGCAGUUCCCUUGUCCGGUGUCAUGAUCAAAACCCAUUACAAAUCGGUCCAUUGCCAAGGAGAUGAGACAGACCUUCUUCAGUGUACCAGAACUCACUGGAAUGGAGAAGAGUGCACAAUGGCUGCAGGAGUUACAUGCACUAAAAAGAAAGAACAAGUCACACUUCCGGUGCGAUUAGUUGGUGGCCUUUCAGCAUCAGAAGGCACAGUUGAGGUUUUCUAUGCUGGACUGUGGGGGUCUAUCUGCGACGACCAAUGGGAUGAUAGCGAUGCAGAGGUGGUGUGCCGACAACUUGGGCUGAGUGGGGUUGCCAGAGCAUGGAGCCAGGCACAUUUUGGCAAAGGUUCAGGCCCUGUGUGGUUAGAUGAGGUUCAAUGUACUGGUAAUGAGUUGACGCUGGAACAGUGUCCAAAAAGCUCCUGGGGAGAACAUAACUGUGUGCACUUAGAGGAUGCUGGUGUCUCUUGUGCACUUCUUGCAGACGGUACUAUUCGCUUGGUUGGUGGUGCUGGAGGUUAUGAGGGGCAAUUAGAAGUGUUCUUCCAUGGCCAAUGGGGAACAGUGAGCAAUGGCGGAUGGACAGACUCUAACACAAAUGUAGUAUGUCGACAGCUUGGUUACAGGUUUGGAAUGACAGUCAUUUCUCAAGGGGUUGACACAAAUACUGUCCCACGUUUUGGGUCUGGGUCUGGUCCCAUUCUCUUUGACAACGUGAGCUGUUCUGGAAAAGAGCCCAGUUUGAUCCUGUGCAACAAACAGGAGUGUUUACAUCAUGACUGCUCUCACUAUGGAGCUGUCCGCAUUUCCUGCAACCCAGAGCGUCAUGGUGAAAUGUCAAAAAUGCCAAUCAGGCUGGUGGGAGGGGAAAGGCCAGGGGAAGGCCGUGUGGAGGUGUACCUGUCAGGCCAGUGGGGAACAGUGUGUGAUGACGGAUGGAGUGAUGAUGACGCUGAAGUUGUGUGUCGUCAGUUGGGCUUCAGUGGAGUUGCAAAGGCCCGUGUAAUGGCUUACUUUGGUGAAGGAACCGGCCCCAUCCAUGUGGACAAUGUGAAGUGCAGUGGAGAGGAGCGCUCAUUGGCCGACUGCAUCAAACAGACCCCAGGCACACAUGACUGUCGCCACAACGAGGAUGCAGGCGUCAUUUGCAACUAUAGGACCCCAAAAGAGCAAAAAGAUCCGGUCAGCUCAAUUUGCGGCCUGAAACUCAUACAUAAACGCCAACGUCGAAUUAUUGGAGGAGAAAACUCUUUGAGGGGAGGCUGGCCAUGGCAAGCUGCAUUACGUUUACGAGGAUCCCGUGGCGAUGGUCGCUUGGUUUGUGGAGCAACUCUAAUUGAUACAUGCUGGGUUCUCACAUCUGCACACUGCUUCAAAAGGUAUGGAAACAGCACAAAUGAGUACAAAGUACGUGUUGGAGAUUACCACUCUCUUGUCCCAGAAGAGUUUGAAGAGGAGUAUGGUGUAGAUCAGAUUGUUCUUCACCCAAACUACCACACCACCAGCACAGACUAUGACAUCGCUCUGGUCCGGCUGUCACCUGGGGCGAUGGGCCAUGAAGUGGGCGAGUGCGUUUCCUUUAAUCACCACGUCCUCCCUGCCUGUCUGCCUCACAGCAAGGAGCGGGUGCUCAAACAGGCCUCCAACUGCCACAUCACUGGCUGGGGUGACACAGGGCGCUCGUACUCUAAGACCUUACAACAGGCCCCACUGGAUCUGCUCCCUCGGCAACACUGCCAGCUGCACUUCCACAGCGCCUUUACCAGCCGCAUGCUCUGUGCAGGGACCACUCACCCACACAAGCGAGUGGACAGUUGCCGUGGAGACAGUGGGGGCCCGUUGGUGUGUGAGAGACCAGGGGGGGGAUGGGUGGUUUAUGGGGUCACGUCCUGGGGCCUGGCGUGCAGGACUCAGCGGUCGCCGGGGGUCUACACCAAAGUGUCUGCCUUCAGCUCCUGGAUACGGAAGACCAUUGGACAGUCGGUUGAGAGAAGUCCAUGA